AUGGCUGCGCCCGAGGAGGAUGGCGUGCUUGCCGACGCUUCGCUCGGCUUCAUGCCCAUGCCCGCCGUGAGAGCGUCAGUCAGGCCGUCGAGGUCGAGAGCGUCGUCUUUGCCGUCUUUGUCGUCUUUGCGACAGCAGUGAGCAUGACGGUUUUGGAGCUUCAGCACCUCGUCCCUCGCGACGUCGAGCCACUCCCUCGUGCUUUGAGCCUCGUUGCUCAGCUGCAGAAAGUUCUUCUGCAGCGUAG